AUGAAAAGGCCUGUUGUUCUGAUCUGGUGGCUCUGCCCUGAGAGCCGUAGCCUUUCAGUUUAUUCUGGAGUUGCUGAGGAUCAUCCCUUCUGCUCACCACCUGUUUCACUGUUUAUUCAGUUGGGCAGACACUGUACAGCAUCAAGGGGACCCUUGACUUUACAGCAGGAACAGGCCCGGUCCGAGGAGCAGGAUGAACCCCAGGAACCUGCCUGGCUGGAUCAGAUAGAAGGAGCCAGGGUAGUCCGGGAAACACGUAGCUCCUGCUUUGCCCAUGGGGGUCAGUGCCGAUUUGGGUUCUGUGACUGGAAGGAAACGAAGAUCGCAUCCUGCAGUUUUGCUAGACCCUGCUGUAAAAAAGUGAUAUAAAGAACCUGCUGAAAUCUGAAGAGAUCCACACAGGGGAUUCUCAGCAGCCAGAGAGGGGAAAAGCCAUGUUAAUUCUGCUUUUCUGAACAACUGAUUUGAAAUCAUGUUCCUUUAAUAAAGAUGAUUCUUGCAUUGC